AGGAAGUUCUUCGUCCUCAGUAAAGAGAGACGCACAGACGAUCAGACUGAGUUCAGACCAAACUAGCAGCUUCCUCUGAGUGAGUCCAGCUACAGGAGAGAAAAGUGGAAAACUCCAACACUGCUGCUUCAAGCUGCUGACGCUCCACACACUGAAUCUUCACUCACAGACUCAAUGGCUUCCAGAUCAGAGGAGGAUCUCUGCUGUCCGGUCUGUCAGGUCUUCAGAGAUCCUGUUAUUCUGUCAUGUAGCCACAGCUUCUGUAAAGACUGUUUGAAGAGAUGGUGGAGAGAGAGAACAACACACCAGUGUCCAGUUUGUAAGAGAAGAUCUUCAAAGGAUGAACCACCUUUAAACCGAGCUUUAAAGAACCUGUGUGAGUCGUUCUUACAGGAGAGAGAUCAGAGAGCUUCAGAGGCUCUCUGCAGUCUGCACUCUGAGAAACUCAAACUCUUCUGUCUGGACCAUCAGCAGCCAGUGUGUGUCGUCUGCUGUGCCUCAGAAAAACACAACAAGCACAGAUUCAGACCCAUCGAUGAAGCUGCACAACAACACAAGAAGAAACUUCAGGAAACUCUGGAGCCCUUAAAGAAGAAGUUAAAGGUUUGUGAAGAAGUUCAAGUGAAGUUUGCUCAAACAGCAGAACACAUUAAGGUCCAGGCCCGACACACAGAGAGGCAGAUUAAGGAGCAGUUUAAGAAGCUUCACCAGUUUCUAGCAGAGGAAGAGGAGGCCAGGCUGGCUGCACUGAGGGAGGAAGAGGAGCAGAAGAGUGGGAUGAUGAAGGAGAAGAUGGAGGCUCUGAGCAGAGAGAUAGCAGCUCUUUCAGACACAGUCAGAGCCACAGAGGAGGAGCUGAGAGCUGAAGACGUCUCAUUCCUGCACAACUACAAGGCUGCAGUGGAAAGAGUCCAGCGCUGCCCCCUGCUGGAUGAUCCACAGCUGCCCUCAGGAGCUCUGAUAGACCAGGCCAAACACCUGGGCAACCUGACCUUCAACAUCUGGAACAACAUGAAGGACAUGGUCUCCUACACUCCUCUUAUUCUGGACCCAAACACUGCAAGUCCAGAGCUUAUCCUGUCUGAAGAUCUGACCAGUGUGAGAUAUGGAGGAGAGAGGCAGCAGCUUCCUGAUAAUCCAGAGAGGUUUGAUUACUACUGUUCUGUCCUGGCCUCUGAGGGCUUUAACUCAGGGACUCACAGCUGGGAUUUUGAUGUUGGAGACAGUAUACGGUGGGGACUAGGUGUGUUAGCAGAGUCUGACCACAGGAAGGGUCCCAUACGGUCUGGUUCAUGGAGAAUAGGACUUUAUAACGGAAAAUAUUCAGCACGCUCUCUAUCAGGUCCAGAAACUGCUCUCUCAGUCCAGAAGAAGCUCCAGAGGAUCAGAGUGAAUCUGGACUGGAACAGAGGAAAGCUGUCGUUCUCUGAUCCUGAUACUAACACACACAUACACACAUUCACAAACACUUUCACUGAGAAGAUGUUUCCAUACAUUAAUACAAGGAAUGAAGUGAAGGUGUUGCCGUUGAAAGUGUCAGUGGAGCAGAUGAGUUGAGGAUGAUGAUGUUUCUAAUGUUGUUUCCUGUCAGUGAAUUGAAGCUGUUAAACUGCAGCUGUCCUCCUGCUGCCUCAUUGUUCAUCAUGAAAUGUUGACAGUUUUAACUUAUUAAUAUAACUUAUCAGCACAACAAACCUCCUCAGGUUUGUUGUGCUGAUAAGGACAACAACGAUUUGUUCCUCCCACCAUCCAAAGACAUCCAGUUAGUGGCGAUAGGUUAAUUGGUUAAUCCAAAUUGCCCAUAGGUGUGAAUGUGGGAGUGAAUGUGAGCGAGAAUGGUUGUCUGUCCCUGUGUGUUAGCCCUGUGACAUACUGGCUACCUGUCCAGGGUGUACCCCGCCUCUUGCCCUAUGACAGCUGGGAUAGGCUCCAGCGCCCCCCGCGACCCUGAAAAGAAUAAGCAGAAGCAAAUGGAUGGAUGGAUUCCACAUACAAUCCUGUGUAUUUUAAUCAACAUGAACAUUGAAAAAGUUGC